ACUGCCAUAGCAUGCAUACAUGAUUCCGUCGUCAGAGGUAUCCAGAAUGGCUCAUACUGUCGGUCUGCCACGUGGCGCGUCAGCAUCCGCCAGAUGCGCCUCGCGUACAGACGCGAGACUAUUACAGUGCAGCAGUUUUGCUGUCUCGGGAAGCCUGAAAGAGGGUUACCACAGCGAGGCUCGUCAACCUGCCUUGGGAAGUCUGAAAGACGGCACUUGGAGAGGAAUUUGCGACGCAUCGUCGUUUCGCCCAAGGAAGAACCGGACACCGACGAGCCACAAGGAAGACGACGAUGCUUCUUGCUCGCAUCGUUUCCGUCGGCACUUCUUUCUCGAUCUCCGUCUCACAUAACCGUGAUUUCCUCUAGCGCUGCCGCUCUUCUGUAAUCUCGGUAUGGCUUCUCUUCUCGUCCCGAAACCUUCCCCACCAGUCGCGGCCGUAAGGUCCCCCAGUAUGCGGAAGAACAAGCCUGCGUGUAGCUUGCCAACCCCUGGAGUCACUCAGCCUCGGAGUCCUUGGAGCCUUCGGAGCCCUUGGAGCCCUUGGUCAACAACCCGCAAUAUCUUUCUGAUCUCCCAUGUUACUACGGCGCGGACUCUUAGACCUAGUCUGCACACUAGUCACCUCAGACCUCUCACCAGCAAGAGGUUUCUCACCUUAGGCCUCUUUGCAGCACCUUUUUCGCGUCAUAGUAGCAAGAGUUUGCGGCUGUUUCCGUCGCUGUCAUUCAGUAUCCGCCGCUCCCUUGAGCCGCGUCCUUUACAGUCUCACUCGUCAAUGAGCUCAUCUCCACGACCGCUGGGAUCACCGCGCUCCUGCCAUGCUGACACGUCACCAUCGCCUUCAUCAAUGCUUUCUUCUGACCCCUUCCAGGGUCGGCUCUUAGGCCCCCCUCCCGCCGACCAGCACUGGUGGGACGGGCUCCUCUUUGCCGGGCCUAUUGUGGUCCGGACCGGGCCGGAGCAGGCGGCUUGGGUGGGGGGCAAGGCAUGGCGGAUGUAUUACCAUGGGCGGGACUCGGAGGACUGGGGCAUGGGGGUGCACGCGCAACCAGGCACCCCGUUUGGGCGGGUGGGCAUGGCGCUUAGCCACGAUGGGGUGACAUGGGAGAGGUACCGUGGCCCUCUGCCCGGUGGAGCCAUAUUCGACCCGUCUGACGACCCCUCGGCGUUUGACUGCGUGCAUGUGGGGUGCAGCGACGUGCAUCUCAUGCCGGAUGGCACGUGGCUCAUGCUCUACUAUGCAGGUGGUUUGGAUCCGGGUCGCUUUCCAGCCUGGCCAGCUGGCAAGACGGCAUUGGGCGCCCGCUUGCGAUGUGGCAUCGCCACGUCAGCAGAUGGGGUGACGUGGCAGCGAGCAAAGACUCCCUUCCUGGACAUCAGUGGUGCGGGCAGCUGGGAUGAGCUGGCAGUUUCCUGGCCACGUGUCACUGCCUUGUCCACACAGCGUGCGAUGGGGCGAGGCAAGGCAGAAGAUUGUGUCGAUUCAACGGGUGGAGGGAGAGUGCAGGAGAUGGAGGGAGCAAAGGCGGAGGGAGGGAAGCUGGAGGGAAGGAAGGCGGAGAGAGGAAAGGCAGAGGACAUGAUUCUUGCAUCAUUCGCUGAUGUGGCGGAAGCUGAUUGGCUACUGACGUACCAAUCAGUUGGCGACCCCCAUGCCCCCGGCCAUGCCCAUGUGGGGGAGGGCAGGGAGGUGGAGCGAGUGCCAGAGUCCGUCCCUCAGUACUGCUACACCAUCGGCUCCGCUGCCUUUGACCCCUGCACAAAGACAUGGAUCAAGAGGGGCUCCUGCAUUCGCCGAGGCCCCAUAGGAGCGUGGGACGAGGCAGGUGCCAACCGACGCCAUGUGCUGCCGCUUGCUGCCUUCGGCCCGAAAGCCGUUCAGAAAUGGAAGGAGGGUCUCCACCACCAGGGAAAGAAAGGGGAGGAUAGCUUAGCGACAGGAGAAGCUGGUGGCCCUCCUGUGCUGCUUAUGUUCUAUGAAGGGGCGCGCUAUAACGGGACGUAUGCAAUUGGGCUUGCAUAUUGCCUGGAUGGAGGGGAGACCUGGGAUAAGGCCAGGCACAUUGGGCCCGAACCAGGUGGCCCGAUCCUGCAGCCUAGAUUUGGAGAGGAGGUUUGGGAUAAUAUGCUGGUGGGGACGCCACACUUGGUAGUGAGUGGAGGAGAGGAGGGGAGUGGUAAGGUUCUAAUGUACUACACUGGGGUUGGGGAGGUGAGUGGGUAUGGGAGAGUGAGGGGGAUAGGAGCAUUAGUGUGGGAGGGAGGUGAUUCUGGUGACCUGGGCAAGUGGACAAGACUGGUUGUGGAUUGAUUACGUUGGUUUGAAGUGUUUUUUCCUUUCCAUUAUAUU